AUGGCUGUUGAAAGAAUUGUUAUUGUUGUUGUCUCGACUAUGCUUAGUACUAAUAGAGAUUUCAAUAUUGAGAGGGCUACAAAGUUAGGGGCUAAAGUUUUCACUAGCACAGCCGAUCUUGCAAUUGCGCAAGCAUGGAUGACCAAGAUAGAGAGGGUAUUUGAUGUUAUGGGUUGCUCAGAUGAUCAGAAGUUGUGUCUCGCCACUUUUUCAUUAGAGGAGUGUGCAUAUGAUUGGUGGCAGUCGGUACAGAGUACAUAUUUAGACCCUUCUAUCAUUACUUGGAUAGAUUUUCGUCAUAUCUUUUACGAUGCUUAUUACCCUUACUCCUAUAAAGAUGGAAGGCAGGAGGAAUUUUUGAAGCUAGUAGAAGGGCAGAUGACAGUUGCAGAAUAUCAGGAAAAAUUUAUUAAACUUUCAAAGUAUGCCCAAGUUUUGGGAAAGAGUUCUACUAGUGCCAGAUUUUCUUCUUGCCAAUUAUGUGGAAGAUCUCAUCCUGGAGAGUGUUUAAAGUUCAAGGGAGUUGGUGUUUGCUAUUGA